GUCAAAAACAAAAACUUGAGGUAAAAUUAGACUUGUGGUUUUCGAUUCGAUCUAGUACGAUAGCAUGAAAAUCGCUUUCAACUUAUAUUUCUUACAUUUCCGCAGCGUGAAAGUGUUCCUGCAAAAUUAAUAUUGUCUGGUGGAUUGUGAUUUACUCAGAGCGUACCUUGAACACUAAAAUUAAUGUAACAAUAAAUCUGGUUACAAAAAUUAUAUCUGAAAUUUCGAAAUUCAGUGCAUAUGUGAAUAUUCCCAUUAAUAGAAUAAUUUUCUUAAUCCGGUGUUUCUGUUUUUUUCGGAUUUUUUCAAAUAAGUAUGAUUUUGGAGAGGGCCUGUGUUGGGACGGGAAGUUCAGGUUCUGCCAAAUUUGAUGCCCCCUGUGGCACAACAUGUAAACAUUAAAUUGGAAUAGAAAUAGAAAGUUUCAUUCUCAAUAGUCGAUGUGAUCCUUACGGUUCGAUCGGUUUCGUGGCAUUAUGAUACACCGCGUCGUCGAUACAUCCUCGAAAAAAAAUUUGAGUAUGAAUACAAUAGCCUAAAUCAAUUCAUGUACGCUUUUGAAGUCACUAAAAUAUUAAACAUAUAGAUAUCCUAUUUCAAAACAUAAUGAACUAAUUAGUAUUUAAUUUAAGCUAAAGAUUAAAGAUAAAACCCUAGCGAGAUAUUUUAAUCCGCUUAACGUAUGAUGCAUGUCAUCCAACAAUCAAUUAACGGCAAUUUCACUGACGCCUCGACCCCGGCGGGUAUUAUCGCCGAAAAAGGGUACAGAUGCCAUGGAGAAACUAUGGAAAUAUUUUCGAUCGACGAAUAUUCUGGCAUGGGGCGAACAACAACGAACAUUGGGCAAAAUGUUGAUACUGUAACUCCGCUUCCAAAUUUUAACAAACCGACGUCAGUGGAAAUGUCUACUACCUUGUUUCAUAUUACAACUCCAGAUUUUAUUUCAAACAGUUCAGGUUUUCCAAAGAACGAAAUCACCAACCUCGUUUUAUACUCAAUCGUCUUAUUACUCGCUGUAGUGGGGAAUGCUCUUGUUAUUAUCACUCUCAGUGCAAAUCGACGUAUGCGCACCGUAGCAAGCUGUUUUUUACUCAGUUUGUCAGUGAGCGAUCUACUCCUUGCGCUCAUUUGCAUGCCGAUCAGUUUAAUUGGAAGGAUUUGGAAGAAAUUUAUCUUCGGAAGAGUGAUGUGCAAAGUAAUGCCAUUACUAAUGGGAAUGUCAGUUUGUGUUUCAACAUUCACGAUGUUGGCUAUUUCAGUUGAAAGAUACUACGCAAUAUGUCGACCACUUCGAUCAAGAGUGUGGCAGACUGUAUCGCAUGCCUAUAAGGUGAUCGUCGCUAUUUGGCUGCUCAGUUUCCUCCUGAGUCUACCUUACUUUAUUUUAAGUGACCUGCAGUAUAUUCCACUUAUUGAUUUUGGAAGAUGCUCGAUUGCGUGUAGAUUGUUAUUUCCAUCGUCUACUGCAAGACAGGCCUGGUAUGUCUUCCUUCUGGUCAUUCUUUUCUGUAUUCCUGGUAUUUUGAUGACAGGAGCUUACACUCUUAUAAGUUGUAAAAUAUGGAAAGAAUUUCAAAUCAAAACGAAGUCUAUCAAAGGUGGGGCGGAAGACGACCAUGACACGAGUGAUGGGUUGUACAUCACACCGAAGCGAUCUCACGUCUCGUUCCGUAGUAUACGACAUUCAAUGAGAAAAUUGGUGACGGUGAGCCGAAGUGAGGAAGAUACAAUUGCAGCUGAUAAAGAUGCGAAUGAUUUCGAAACGACGACUACUACGUUAUUAAAUACUGAAAACGUGAUCACUCACACGCCUAGAACAUUGAGCAAAAAGUCCCAUUCAUAUGGAAGAAAAAAACAACUGAACAGUGGAAGGAAAAACGUCGUUGAACGUUCUGAAUCUAGAUCAUUCCGUAACGCAGAAAGACUAACAGCGAAAAAACGUGUAGUCAGAAUGUUGAUCGUUAUAGUAAUUCUUUUCUUUCUUUGUUGGACACCUCUGUUCAUUGUGAAUGUUUGGAAAGCAUUUGAUCCAUACACCGCCAUGGAGAAAUUGGACGGUAUAAUAGAAAUUAUACAGCUCAUGUCCUACGUUUCUACUUGUGUUAACCCUCUUGUCUACUGCUUCAUGAAUAGCCGUUUCAGAACUGGAUUUCUUCGUGCAUUUCUGUUCUGUAUACCGGGAGUCCAAAGAAAAUCCGAUGAAAGCAUACGAGUCACCAGAUAAUUUACGAAAUGUAAUUAACCUUCAUUCUCCCUAAGACAGCUUACGUUACUUCGGCAACAGAAUAUUGCAUCACAAAUUAUGAGUAAAGACCGUAGCCAUGGCAACUGUACUCAUAUUGCUUCUAACACGCUAAAUGUUGCCAGAUUUCACAAGUUGUAAAAUGCGUGAAGUUGAGUCGAAUGACAUGAUUCUACAAAUUGGCACUAAAACUUUUGAUAUAUUACCAUAAAACACAUUUUUUUGAUGUUCCGUUUUUAUUAUUGUUUAACAAAUUUUAAGCUAAAUGAUGCUGUUAUUUAUUGUUGGCAUUUUUGUUAUUUAUAAGGAGAGUAAAUUAACUGUUUAUAUUAGCUUGGCUGCUUCCUUACACACUGUCUCGAGUACACUAGAAAUAA